AUGGCAGCCCAUAUGCUUGAAGUGAUUAAAGCCUAUGAGAUUGCUGAGAAGACUGGGUAUGCUGUUGGGGAUAAUGCCUCAAGUAACUGGAUCACGCGAUUCCGGGAAUCUGACGAGGCACCCGGUUUUCACACUACCACAUCUUCCAUCCAAUGGAUGAUUGCCAUGUCCCUGUGA